AUGGCGACUCGUGCAGCUGCAUUUUCAUCAAAAAUUCGAACUCUUAAUGAUUAUUAUAAUAAUAUACUUACAGGUGUAACACCAUUACCGACUACAAAUGAUAUUGUAUCUGUUCUUGAUCAUUUUUCUAAAACUCUUCUUAGUGUAUUAAAAGAAAUGACAAUUGAUCAAAAUCAAGAACAAACAAGUGGUAAACAUUCAUAUCGUAUUAGUAAAUAUCCAACAUUAAAUUAUUCAUCACUUUAUCAUUCAUUAAUUAAUCUUAUUGAUGUUGUACCAUUAUUGCAAGUUGGUGAUGCUGAAGUAGCAGAAUCAAUUAUAAAUACACUUGGUUGUUUAGCACCAUUUUUACCUUAUGAAUUACUUGAUGCAUUACCAUAUACAUUUGCAACAACAUUAACUAUAUUUCCAUCUUCUGUUAAAAAGAAAAUACUUGAUACAUUAUGUAAUACACUUUUACCUAUUAAUAUGGCUUAUACAGAAUAUCCAGAACAUUCAAUGACAUUAAAUUCCAUAGCAUCAAUUCUUUUUAUUGUUUUUGAAAAUAGUGAAAGCGAUAAUUAUCCUGCUCAAAUUAUGGAAUGUUUAUUGAGUUUAAAAGCGGAUUUAAUUUAUGAUGUUCUCUUUGUUAUUGCAUAUGGCUCUGCAUCAGCAAGAGCUGUUGCAUCGAAUUUACUUUUUUUCUAUUGGCCUAUGCUUAAUUCGACUGGAAUUGAUCGACGUUCAAUACAUUUUAAAUUUCUUCCUCGAAAACCAAUAAUAUGUCAAGCAGAACGAUGUGUACAUCGACAAAAUAUUGCAUCAAAAGUUUGUGUUGAUAUUCUUUUAUCAAAACAUGGUGAAUCUACUCCACCACCAUAUUAUAUGUGUACUGAUUGUUAUAAAAGUUGUCCAAAAGAAAUUCAACAAUAUUGUCGUAAUAUUCUUUGUCCUGUAUCAGAAAUUGCUUUACAUUGUCAAAAUAAAUUAUGUAUAUCAGAAAAAAAAUUAACUCAUGCCGCUUGUUAUUCAAUUGAAUGUUGUUUAUCAAAUGGUAAUCAUCCAAUAAGUUUAUGUCGUCAAUGUCAUGAAAGACGACAUAUUGAUUCAAAUCAUGUUUAUCAAGAAACAUUAAUUGAUAUGUGGCGUUUAUCACCUGAUGUACAAAAUCAUUGUGUUGAAGCUAUAAUUAGUCUUUUACGUGAAACAGAUAAUAAUGAAGAAAAACGUAUUGUUGAUUCAAUGAGUGAUGAAAAAAAAUCUAUUUUAGUUGAAAAUAUUGAUAAUACAGCAAAUAUGUUUUUAAGUUUGGAUAUUGAUGUUGGAAGAAAAUUAUUAAGUCGAUAUGGAAUUUAUUUAAUAUUAGGUCUUAUUGAACCAACAUCAUAUGGACCACCUGAAAUAUUUGGACGUAUUUUAAGUAUGUUAUUUCUAUGGUUUCAUUCAACUGUUCGUUUACCAGGAAAUGAAAUUGGAAGUGUUUUAGGCAAAUUAAAAUCUGAAUAUGUUAUACCAUGGCUUAAAUCAGUUGUUAAAGAACAUCAUGAAUUAGUCAUUGCUUUACUUCUUCCACAUCCAGUUGAAUAUGCAAAAGUUGGUGGUGUUUGGGAAACAAUGGCGAAUCGUACAGCACAAAUUACUGAAUGUCUUAAUAAAUUAUAUGAUUUAAUGCCAGAUGGAAUAACUACAUAUGAAAUUUGGGAUUAUAUAAUGCCUUAUUGGAUGGAAGCAAUUCGAUCAGAAGUACCAGAAAGUGAUUUAUCUGAUUUAAAUUUACUCUUUCGAAAAAUGUUUGAUCCAGAUCCUGAUAUGUCACCAUCAUCAUUAACUCGUGAUCAAUUAUAUCAUUUUAUAACUGAUCGUUUUCAAUCACCUGCACCAGCUAGUGUUCAAGAACAAGCUUUACAAUGGUUACAAAUUUUAUGUUUAAUUGAUAUUUAUAUUCCAGUUCCAUUACUUGUACAAAUAUUUAUUACUGGUACAAAUUCUUUACAAAAACUUGAAUCACGUGCUCAACGUCGUGAACAUUAUACAAUGACUGGUUCAUCAUCAAAUGAACAAUCAAUUGAUAAUGGUUUAAAUUUAAUGAUGUUAUCACAAGAUGAUGGAAAUAUUCCAAAUCCAACAAGUGGUAUAGCUGGUUUAACAACAAUGUCAACAUCAUCAUCAACAAAUAAAUUUCUUGUUUUUGAUACAUAUGAAACAUAUCGUGCACAUCGUCAUCAAUUAAUGUUACAACAAAUGACUGGACAAGAAAUGGUAUCAAUUAUAAAAGAAGAAGAAGAAGAAUUUAUUAUUAAUGAAAGUGAAAUUAAUUCAACAUGUUGUAUUAUGAUGAUUGAUAUGACUUUAAAACAAAUGGAACUUCAACAAACACCACAACAUCAAGGAAUGUAUAAUCCAUUAUCAAAAGAAAUUUUAUCAUUAAUGACUAAACAAUUAAUAUUACCAUGGACACGUCGUCAUCGUUGUCGUACAUCAGCAAGUCAAUGUUCAUUUUGUGAAGAAUAUAUUUUAUGGUUUUCAAUAGCACAAGAUAUACUUAAAUAUAUAUCACCACGUGAUGAAAUUAAAUUACCGGAACUUGAAUUACCAAAUCUUAAUGACCUUAAACAACAACAACUUAAACAACAACAACAACAGCAACAAUUACAACAACAACAACAACAACAAACAGUAGUUCCGUCAACUAAAUCAACAACUAGACCAAAAUUUAGUAUUGAAAUGUCAUCGGGUGGUGAUAAUCAAAGUUCAUCAUCAUCAUCUACAUCAUUAAAUAAUGAAGAUGAAACUACUGGCGGCAAUGUUAAUACAACAACAGCACCGACAACAACUACACCUGAACUUAAAGUUGAAAAUAAUCCUGAUGGUGGAAUAUGGAUAACAUCACAGGGUGUUUUCUAUUUUAAACUUAAUACACUUCAUAUUCAUUUACAAUUUUUUUAUUCUAUUCUCAAAGAAUUAGAUCGAGUGAUUGAUAUUGAUGCACUUUAUUAUUUAUUAUGUUGUUUAAAAUUAUUAAUUUUAAAUGAUGAAUGUUUAGAAACAGCAGCAAAAGAUAAUCGAGGUUUUCUUUCGUAUUGUCUUGAAAAAUUACUUGUUCCACAUAUUUGGAAAAUUCUUGCAUUAGGACAUGGUCAUUUAAAUGAAGGUUGUAUACCAUUACUUCUUCAUGCACUUAACUAUGAACCUGGAAAAACUGCUUUAUGGAAUAUACUUGAACGAGAUUUUUCAAGUACACAUUGGAAAGUUCGUUCAUCAGCUGGUACACGUGUCAUUGCACUUUUUUCACUUCUUAAACCAAAAUUAAUCAAAAAUAAUUAUAAUGUUCUUUCUGUACUUGCUUAUGCUUUUCUUAAUUUAAUAACAUCAAUUGAAGAUGUUGAACCUACUGUUAGUCAAAAAGCUAUGUGUUCAUUAGAAACCUUAGGUGAUGCAUCAUUUAAAAGUGUAAUGUGUGCACUUGAAUUUCAAUUUGAUACUGUUAUAAAUGAUCGUUCAAUAAUAUUACAUCGUUUAUCAAAACUUUAUACAAUAUUAUUACGAAAUAAUUCAACAGUAAAAAUUUUAAGUUGGGAAUAUUUUCUUAAUCGUUUUGAUACAUUAUCAAUUGAAUCUCAAAUAAAUAUGGAAGAAUCAGGUGAAUUAAUAAGUCCACAAAGUAUUGGUGGUUUUAAUACAGAAAGUGAACAUUUUAUUCGAAAAUUAAAUCAAAUACGUUUUGCUAUGGCAAGAACAGAUUCAAUUCGACCAAUAUCAUCAUCAUUACGUUUUGUUUCACAUUCACGACGAACAACAGUUGCAAAUUCCCGACAACCAAUUAUUGUCAAUGAAAAAAUUGAAACAGAUUCUAUAGGAAGUUUUCUUUCACCUGAUCUUGAAAAUAGUGAUAAAUCAACAUUACAAUUAUUGGUUAAUUUACUUACGAAAUUUAUGAUGAAAGAUGAUCAAAGUCAAGUUAAUGAAGAUCGAAUUAUGCUUAAACAACAAAAUGUUGUUAUUCGACAUAUAUGUUCUUUACUUGGUUAUACUCAAACAAAUCGAACAUUUGCUACAUUACCAAGCAAAAUUCGACGAAGUCCCGUUUUUCAUGCAUUUAUAUCAAAUUUACCAAAAGUUCUUGAUUAUAAUUUUAAUCUUGGAACUAUUCUUUUACAAUUUUUUCUCUCAUUUCUUCAAUUUUCUACAUGUGCAAAUGCAACAAUGCAAUUUUAUGAUCAUAUAUCAGCAUCAAAUACUUUAGGAAGAAUUGAUCCUAGUUUACGUAAUUCAUGGUUAAUGACUCUUAUUAUUAUUUUAUAUAAAUAUCAAUAUACAUCAUAUGCUAUAACAAUUCAACAUUUAACUCGUAUUGCAAUGAAUACAAUUCUUAGUCAUUAUCAUCAAUGUGAAACACCAUCAUUUGGUACAGCUGCUGGUGGUCAUAGUGGAAGACUUACACCGAAAGUAGCUGGAUCAAGAAGAGGAUCAUCACGACCAUUUGAUGAUAUACGUGAAGUAGAAUUAAAUGAAUUAGGUAUUCGAUAUGAUUUAGAAGGUGAUACACAAUCUGAAUCAGCAAGUAUUGCUGAACAUAAACGUUUUAGAUUAUUAUCACCACCAAAAAAAGUUAAACCAAAAUUAUAUAAACCUGAAAUAGAAUGUUUUGAUGAACCAUUAACAAUAAGACAAACAGAUGAUCAAAUUACUUCAAGUGGUCGAUCAUAUACAGAAUUUUUAAAAAGUCUUUUUACUAGUAGUGCAACAACAAGUACAACUGGUACUAAUCCAAAUGCAUCAGCUGGAAUAACAACAUCAUUAUCAUCAAUGGUUCCAGCAGAAAAAUUAACUGAACUUGAUGUGAAAGGUAUUAAAGGAGUCAAAGAACUUUCACGUGUUAUUUAUUCAGCUGAACGUGGUAAACUUGAAACUGUUUUACUUAAACCUGGUACUGGUGGAAUUAAAGAAGAAAGUCCUCCAAAAACUCCUAAAAUAACAUCAUUAUCAUCAUCAACAUUAGCUAGUCUAGGUAAUACAGCAACUGGUGGAAAAUUAAAACCAAGUUAUCAUGGUAAAAAAGCUAAAUAUAAAGAUGAUUCAAAUGUUCGAUCACCGACAUUAAGUCGUCCAACACGUACAUCAUCAUCACAAGGUCAAUUGAAAACUGUUGGUAUAACAUCAUCAAAUGCUAAACGAUCAGCAACAGCAACAAAUGAUGAAUUAGAUAAUCCAUAUGCUGAUACAGAUUUACAUAAUCAAUUAAUAACUGUACCUAAAUGUGAUAAAUGUGGACAACCUAUUGAAUAUUAUAAUGAAGAAUGUAUUGGUUAUUGUACAAUUGUAUGUGGAGCACUUGUUCAUCGUGAACCAGCUAUAGCAGCACCAUUACUUAUGGAUAUGAUUGAAACAAUUGGAAGAGUUGCUGCAUCUCAUAUAUAUACAUGGCAAGAAAAUUCAACUGUUGUUGCGCCAGCUAAUUCAAGAAGUAUUGCACAACAAUUUAUUCGUUGUACAUUUCAACAAUUAGCUGCAAAUAAUAUUUGUUAUCAAUUUUUUCAACAAAAUUUUCGAGAUGAUAAAUUGUUACAUACGAUAGCAUUAUCAUUGAAUGAUUUUCCAGAGUUUAAUUCCAUUAUUGCACUUAAAUGGCUUCUGAAUGAUAUGAAUAAACAAAAAAGUCUUUCUCUUGAUAUUUGUACAACAUUACUUAGUAAUAUCGCACAAUUUAUGGAAUAUAUUCCAAUUGAUUCACCAAUUCAAUUAUGGACAAGUGUAUUUCUUGAAUUUGAUUUUUUAUUUGAUAAAUUAACACGUGUUUAUACAACAAUUAAAUCAAGUACACCAGUUAAUUAUGAUUUAACACCAAUACUUCGUAUUAUGAUGAAUAUACUUAAAGUACCAUAUAUAGCAAAUGUUCGACUUGUUCUUGAUCCAUUUUCAAAAUUAUUAACAUUUAUUUUACAAAAUGGAACAUUUCAAUUAGAACAUAUUAUUGAAUUAUGUUCAUUAAGUAAUCGAACAUUUACACGAGAUCGAGAAAAAUUUUUAUUACCAAGAUGUAUUGUAAAUGUUCUUGUUGAAGCUAUGCUUCAUCGAUAUCCAUGUCCAGAUAGAAAUUUACUUCUCAUGAUUCAAUUAAUUUUACUUGAUGCUGGUGGUACAAUUCAUGCAUCAGCAAUUGUCAGCGAUGACGUUCGUGCAUAUGAUCCUCAUAAUGUUGUAACAACAAAUGGAGCUGAAUGUAUGAAACAUUAUCUUAAUGAAACAGUUGCAUUUAUUGCUGAUAUUCAUACAAUAACAAAAAUAAAAAGUACAAUGAAAGAAAAAAGUGAAAAACAACAAUUAUCAAAUUUAACUGAAGAUACAUUAGGUGGACAAUUAAAAGCUGGUCUUGCACAAUAUCUUGCUUUAGAAUUUACAAAAGGUGGACAAAGAGAUUCAAAAGCUAUUGUACGUUUUCUUCCAUGGCUUUAUAAUCCUCCUACUUCUGUACAACAAGGAGCAAAAGAUUUUGUUGAUUGUAUUGAUCGUAUACGAUUUCUUUCAUGGUUAAUGAUCGGUUCAUUAACACAUGCAGCUAUAACACGAAAUGAAGGAACAAUAAUAUGUCAUCCAAUACCGGUUGAUGCAAGUCAAUCAAUAGCUGAUUAUAUUUUAUAUAUUUUAACUGGUUUUGCUGAUCAAUCAAAAACAUCUGUUAUACAUAUGUCAUCACUUUUUCAUUCCUUUAUACUUUGUCAAUUAUGGACAAUGUAUUGUGAACAAGUUAAUCGAGGACAUGAUCCAGAAGCACUUGUAUCUAUAAUGGAUUUUUGGGCUCGAAUUACACCGGGUAUACUUCAUUUAUUGUCACAUUCGAAAGUGCUUGCAGAAAUGGUUAAUUUACAUUUUUUAAGUUUAAUUGAAGCAUUACAAGAAAUAAAUUCAAUUGUAUUAGCUAAUUUAUUUGCUAUGUGGGUACCUGUUUUAUAUACACAUCAAAGUCAAUUGCCAGCUCAUGUUCAAGUUCGUCUUCAAACAUGUUUAAAUCAUCAACCAUCAUCCGAAACACAAGGUGAUUUACGAUUUAUGUAUGCUAUUUUACUCAAAUGGCUUAAUCGUUUACAAUUUAAAAUCGGACAAAUUGAAACACAAUCGAGUCAUGCUGCACAAUUUUAUAGUUUAUAA